AUGCAAGCAGUCCAAGCGUCCCCCGAGGGCGCGCAUCCUCCCAACAACGCCUCGCCGCCUCGCCAAAAGGGCUCGUCCCUGGCCUCGAUUGCCAUAUCGUCUUUUGCUGCUUUUCGCUCCCAGUCGUCCCAAGCUGUGCCUGUCGCCGUCCAGUCCCCGGUACGCAGGAAGCCCCUACCUGCAAACUCUCCCGUAGUUGGUCGCUUUGCUGCCGAUCGACAAUCUAGAGAACCGUCAAUCGCUACAGUCUACCCUGAUAAGCACUCUGGUCCCCCUACUCAAGGAGGACGCGCCCCCGACAAUAUCCUUUCGCCGCCGUUGAGUGACGAGGACCUCUUCCUGCCCCGGAACCUCGACGACAACCCCCAUGGAAGGACGCCUCUGACGGCAGCCGCGCCCCGCCGAUUCUCCCAGUCGUUUCGUGCAAGCUCUCUAUCGGUCGCAAAGCGAGGCUCCAACAAAGCUCUCCCCUCUGUCCCGUCUGCCGCGCGGCAUGAUCGAUCGGUCAGCGGCAUCACCCCCCAACGACAGAGUAAGACCGAGGCACUGAAAGCCUUCGGUAUCCGGGGAGCACACGCUCGAUCUCCUACUAUGCCGAAUAUGCCCUUGUACAACAACAAUAAUAAUAGCAACAACAACUCGCAACCGCCAGACCUUAAACUCGACCUCAACGGUGUUACCGAGGACUUCAUGGACGACUACAACUACGGUCCCGACGAGCCUUCACUCGCGAGACAAAACACAAAGCCCAAGUCGCCAAGCGGAGGUGGAUUCACUUCCUUCUUUGGCUGGAACUCGCGUCCUCAGAACGGGCCUGAGUCGCCGGCUACCGCUUUCUCAGAACAUUCGUCACCUGAAUCUCCACGCUACAAACAGCCCACAUCAAAAUCGAAACCAAACGGCUUGGACAUACCCGCUGCCAAUUCACUCGGCUCCUAUUUCAACGUUCCUGGAACCCCACUUCUAUCGUCCUCGCCCCAGAUGAAUGCUCACGUAGAGGAGCUCGAGCGCGAGUUGCGCGAGGUGAGCUCUGAACUUGCCGCUUCUAUCCAAAGAGAGAUGGAAUUAGAAGACGAGGUUGAACGCUGGAAGGCUGCGAGCGAGAGUGUCAUGCCCGACAACCGAAGGACUAGUGACUAUUACUCAGAUUCUGGUACGAGCUCGAUACGCUUUCCUAUCAGUGAUCCCGAAGCCAAGCUUGAAGAAGUGGAGAUGCAACGGAGAAAGGCAGAGCAGGAGCGAGCAUCACUAAAGGUGCGCAUGGCAGAGCGGUUACAGGAGGAGCUGCGACGCCGAAGAGAUUUGGAAGAGCAAGUACAGCAGCUCGAGGAUCAGGUCACCGACAAGUCGAGAGCGGGCUCAAUGGUGGAAACGCCCAAGGUCAAAGAGCUUUCCAUGUCACUCGAGGAUGCGAAGAGGCGCCUGGCCGAGGAAAGGCAGGUCAAAGAAAAUUUCGAGGAUCUCCUCACUGCGCUUCGCGAUGAGCUAGAGAAACAUCGCAACGAGGCUGACAAUUUGCGGGACGAAGUGGUACCGCAGCUCAGGGCGCGCCUCGAAGUGCUCGAAGGCGAUGCAGCCGAUACAGAAAAGCUUGUAUACGAGACUACGCGCAUGCAACAAGAGAUCCAACAGUUGCGAACUGAGAACGAGUCUCUAGUCAAGCAACGACUGCAGCAGCAACAGGCGCCACAACCCGCGCAAUUCCAGUCCAUUGCCGAAGAAGGAGACAUUGGCCCUUUGCCAAACCUGCGCGUCGGUCUGACACGUUCGAAUUCACUCGCACGCAGUGGCCUGAACUCGAAGAGGAGCUCGUUGUCACGGUCCAACUCGGUCAAGGACAGGUCAGGCGACAUAUCGCCGGUUGGUGCACCAACAGUUACCAACCCAAUGAAAGAACUAGAAGAGCAGCGAGACGCGCUCCACAAGGCACUCAAACUCCUGUUGAAUCGCCAAGAAUUACAACAAAAAGAAUUCCAGCGCCGCAUCAAAGAAGUAGAAGCCGAAAGAGACGCCGCCCUGAACCUCACCCCUCGCCGGACCGCAUUCCACAAGGAAGUCACCGGUCUCCGCCAAGAAGUCAACAAUCUACGUCGCCGCGCCGACGAAGCCCUCGAGCAAAAAUGGCAGUGCGAAAAGGGUCUUGGGGGUCUACGAAUGGACCUUGACCGCGCACAGCAAGAGACUGGUUCUCUUCGCGAAUUACUCCGCGAACACGACAUUUCAAUCCCGGAGAUAAGGAUAGAAAACGAACCUCUGGCUCUGGAUAAGGCAUACAACGAGCUACGAACUACGCAUGCUCUUUCACUCGCUCGCGUCAAGCAGCUCGAAUCCAGCGAUGCAGACUCACUCGGUGCUGCCGGUGCCGAAGCAGAACGCACACUGGAUUUACUCAAGCAGAGUAUCUCUGACGCAGAAGCCGAACGCGACUACGCACAGAACGAAGCAGAGCAAUACCGCAAACAAGCUCGUGCGCUUCAACAGUCCGAGAUUGAGCACUUGGGCAAGGAGCAAGAGCUUAGCAAAGAGCUGUUCGCGGCAGCUACCCGCAUGGAUGAGCUGUCUGAGAAGAUCCAGCAGCAGCUUACUGCUAACAGUGCGUUGAGGAGUCGUCUCACCGAUGCUAUCAUGCGCGGUGAGCAGGACCAGCGCAGGUCCACCGAGCAAAUUAUCCAGCUAGAGAAGCGUCUCAAGGCCGCCGAAGACAAAGUCAUGCUCGCUCAACAGUCUUCCGAAGAAGCCGUCGCUCGUCACGAAGACGAGGUCCAGGCUAUCAAAGAAAGCCACACAAACCAUCUUCGCCGUGUGAAAUCCGGUCUCCUUUCCCCAUCAGCGUUCUCGCCUAGGCUGCCAAGUAGUCCGGUCUUCUCGCAGAGAUCCCCGAGGCUGGAUGUCACUUCCAGUGGACCCGCUAUGAGUCUUGCUGAAGCCACAAAGACGGAGAGUCUAGAGAAGAGAGUUGAGGAGCUGGAGAAGGCGCUUAGGGAUGCGGAUCACGAGAUGGAGGAGGUCGUUGGUAGGAUGAACUUGGCGCAGAUGGAGGUUGCGGAUUUGCAGUUUGAGAGGGACGAGGCUAUGCGUCAGACACGCAAACUACAAGCUGAGAUUGUGGCUGAGCGCGAAAAGGUCAAGGCGUUGAUGGCCACAAGCGCAUGA